AUGAAGUUUAUUUCCACUCGUUACUCGCUGCUCGCCUUAGCUCUGCUCGGUCUCUCUCACGCGAACCCUCAACUCAGUGACGAGUCGCCGUGCGUAGCGCACUCCCCCACCAGCGGACUCUGCUAUGAUCUCAACGCGAUUUCAUUGUCGCCGCCAAAGCUGGAGAAUGGCAAGAUCUCGUCAGAUAGCCGAAACGAGAGCUGGCACGCCCGCGGACACGACUAUCCCGCGAACUUUACCUUGAAUAUCUGCGCACCGGUCAUCGAAGACUUGAAGGAUGUGGUUGGAGUAUCCUCGUCGCAAUGGAAGAAUGUUAGCGCCUACUAUGAGCAGAACGGAAAGAUCUAUUCUAUCGGGUACGUGUGGGAUCGUUAUACCAAUGAGAUACAUACUGACCUUCUUUCCAUAAGACAACAAGCUUCAGACCCUUUCUUCCGUGGUCGUAAGUUGGUAAUGAACUACACGAAUGGCUCUCCCUGCGACGAUCAAGAUGGUGCCGCUGUUUCCGUGACAAAUACCUCGAUGAAGGCCUCUGCUCGAACCAAGUCAACCCUUAUGUCCUUUCUCUGCGAUCGCGACGCUCUCCCGAACCAGGCCACCGCAUCUUUUGUCGGCACAUUAGACUCUUGCACCUAUUACUUCGAGAUUCGCAGCUCAGCGGCAUGCGGCGGAGUGGCAGUGAGCCCUAACUCUGGCGGGCUCGGACCUGCCGGAGUAUUUGGUGUGAUUGUUCUCAUUGCAGUUGCCGUCUAUCUUGUCGGUGGUUGUGCAUACCAGCGUACCGUUAUGCACCAGCGUGGCUGGCGCCAGUGCCCGAACUUCAGUCUAUGGGCAGGCAUGUUCGACUUUGUCAAGGACAUGUUCGUUAUUCUCUUCUCAUCUUUGGGCAGCUGCUUCCGUCGAUCGCCCUCGCACAGCGGCUAUACCCCUGCGGGCGGUGACGGCCGUGGCGGCUUUUUUGGUGCGUUUGGCGGUCGAGGAGGACGGAGCUCUAGUCGCGACGUAGACGCGGAGAAUCGCUUGAUAGAUCAGCUGGAUGAGACGUGGGACGAUUGA